AGAUAUAACUUACCCUCUGACCUUAGCGGAAGUCACAAGCCAAGUUAUAACAACAUUAAAUGAAACGUAAACACUGCAUUAGACAAUCAUAUCAUGCAUGGAUUGAUGAGACCUACCACUUCUAAAUAGCUAUUUAAGCAUUUUACAGUAAGUUAUUGUUUCAGUUUGUUUAAUUUUAGGGAUUGGCAACAGUGUAAACAGUCUGAACUCGUCAAGUUGCAAGAAACACAUAAUUGCGCUAACUCGAUGGCGAUGCCGAUCAUAGAUUGAUUAAGUGAUUUUGAAACAUAGUUUUUAGUGUUUUUUUUUAAAGUUAUUACUAACUUUUUACUAUUCAGUAUUAGUUACUUACAGUUGACUUAGCAUUUGAUAAUACAUAUCUUAGACUUAAGUCUUAGACUUAGUAACAUAAUUACUUAAUACUUAUUUCUGUACAUUUACACAAUCUGCAUUCAUAAAUAAUUACUUAAUUAACUUAAUAAUAAUUUUUCAAAAAAAAGGUUUUUUUUUACCAAAUUUUUUUUCACUUUCUCUACAAAAAUAUUUUUUCAAAAUAAAUGUAUCUUCUAUAAUGUGCAACUUUUGUUUUCAUUGUGUUUUACAUUGCAUUGAGAGUGUGUGCUGAAAAUUUGGUACCCUUAUCGUUAAAAAUAAAAAAGUUAUGGGUCAAAAAGUGGAAAAAAUUGAAAAGUGGGUCACAAGUUUUUUGGGUCAAAUAUAUAGCAUAAAAAAUUUGACAAAAAAAUUCAUAACUCCAGUUCUAUAAAAGAUAGAAAGAUAAAGUUGGUGUUGUUAUAAAGCUUAUGGCUAGCCCUUUAAAAUGAUGUAUCAUUCAUGGCAAUCGGACAAUAUUUAAAUUUUGUGUCAAAGUACCUAACUUAAUACUUAUUUCUGUAAAUUUACACAAUCUGCGCCACAAUGGCCACAUAUUUACCAUGGCCAUGGCCGCCAUCUUUGUUUCCAUGACCUGUCUCGAAUGAUCAAUCAUGGGUCAUGACAACCAGGAUGGUGGUCGUGUAAAAAACAUGUAUGCUAACAUGGGAACGAAAAGAGAGAAUGUGCUACUUUGCUAAUUAAUUACAGAGAGAAACGAACAUAAGAAGAAAACAUCAAAAGUAAAAGUUAAUGAAAUAAUUUCAUCAAAUAUAUUAAUAUCGGGGCGAACGCAGCAUCUUUAUUUUAUCACUCUAGAUAUGUGGCAAGAAGUGUCAAUGAGCUGUGCUUGCCCCCUUUCCUGGCAUACUUUCUGCUGGUACAUUAAUUUCAGGCAAAGAUAGCAAUUUUACUGUAUCCCUCCAUAUUUAGGACAAGAAGUGUCACCGACCUGCCCUUUCCUGCCCUAAUUUCAGCCAGUAUAUGCUCCUUCCCCUCAUCUAAAACAGUUGUUCUACAUUCUACAGUAAAAAAAUUGUAAAAAUUAAGAAAAACAAUACAAAAUAAUUUUUAAAAUAAUGAAAACCCAACUUACAGUUUCAAAGAAUAAACUUUUACCCACUUUAUUUCAGGUUCAACCUAAAAGAAAAUCCAAAAGUUGUCAGAAAAUCAAUACAAACAAUACUAUACCGUGUAUCCAUUUACCAAAAUGCCGGAAAAUAUAAACAUUACAAUUAACCAACCAAUGAAAUUAUAAUUUCUAACAUUAAAGAAAAGUUAACUCUAGUAACACUAACUCAUUUACUGUUGAUGAGGAAUGCACGCUAUCAUUUAAACAUCAGUUCAACAAUUUCCCUAGACUGUGGCUUGUACCAGACUUCACACAUUCACUCAUUUAAUAGUAGUUUGAAUUGAGAAUGGGAGGUCCAAUAAGCCCUAGGCCUAGAGUAAGCUCCUCAAUGAUAAGACUCAACGACUCAAGGCUUAUUAAUGGACUAUUCAAUAGCUUCAAAAAACAAAUAUUAGCUAGAUCAGUGGUGGCCAGAGCCAUUUUUAAAAUAAAAAAAAAUGGUGAGAGCCGCAUUGAAGCACUAUGGGUCACGACCCCACUCGCAAUGAAAAAUUCCUUUUGUGAUUUAUUUUUAAAAAUUACUUUUUAUACGAAUUUAAUGAUUUAAACAUUUCAAUUGUUUUAACCCUAACCGUAUGUUGAAGAAAUAUAUGCGUUACAGUUACACAAUUAACAAAUAUUUAAAUAUGUACAAUUUAUGAAUAGAAAUAAAUUGUUUGCGAGCCGCGGUUUGGCCACCGUUGAGCUAGAUCGUCAAUGACUUGUGUACUUUAUUUCACAUGAGUCUGACAUGAUAAUAUAAAUUUCAAUUCAAGUGCUGGCUAACUUAUGCCUACACUAUCCCGUACCCCCUGAGCUUCUUGUGUAUGAGUGAACUCCUCCUUCCUAUGUUGUUAAGUCGUGAAUCAUUACUAGAGUUCACUAUUCUUUUUUUAAAUAUAUUUAUACACUGAUGGAAUGUUUUGUUUGAUGAAUUUUUAACACUUAAUAUUAAUUAUUCAUAGCGAGGUUAAUUAAUACUGGUACAUGUAUUUAAAAACAUAUAUCUAGUUUUUGCUGGACUGAGUCUGAUCAUUUAAUUUAUUGAUCCCUUUUAGAUUUUAUUUAUGGUGGAACCAGUAAAUUGUAAUAAAGUGUGUAAAUUUGUAUUCAAUGAAACUGUAACUUGGGUUUUCAUUAUUUUGAAUAUUUUAAAAGUGAUUUUAAUCUUUUUAUUUAAUUUAAGCUUUUCUCCCGACUGUGUGUAACUGUAGCACAGAAACACAUGGUUAAUGCCAGGAGAGCUUAUUUUAAUGUUAGCGAGACACUGAUGUUUGUAAGGGACAUUUAGGGUUCAGGCUAGAUGUAAUUAUAUAUUUUUUAGCGUUAGGGAGACACCGAUGUUGAGGUAGGGACAAUAAUUGUCAUGUUAGGGACAUUUAGGGUUCAGGUUAGUUAUAGUGAUAGAUUUUAGGGUUGAAGGGUUUUUCGGAAAAAAAAUAUUCAGUUAAUUUUGAAGAUUCACAAAAUCAAGAUUAAUAUUUAAAAAAUCAUUCUCAUACUCAUAUCAUUUUCAUUUGACUCAGGAAGUAACUUAUUCACACUGUCUCCAUCAUGCCCCCCCUCCCCCCCUCCUUUUUCCUGUUGGGUGAUAAUUUUUUUGACAUAUCUCUUGUCUUGGCAGACAAAUAGUGGCUGCGUAAACAAAAAUAGUACCCAAAAUGGGGGAACAAGUGGUACUGGACAUCAUAAAUUUACCCAACUGCCAUAGACAUAUUUUAUAGACCAUAGCCAGUGAUUCUAUAUUUGUGCUUUUAAUUAUAAACUUGCAAUCUCAGAGGUUUCUAUAAAACACAUUAUUCGUAGCUAUAGGAUGAGAAAAAUACUAGCAUAAUCCCAUAAUUAUUUAGUUAUAUUUGGAGCUAAGCGUGUUUUAAAAAAGAAUUUAAAAUUAAUUAAUGAAUUAAUUGCUGUCAUUCGGAUGUUAACAUUUUCUUUAAGAACACCUAAACUUAAUUUUUUGUUGUUGUGAUAACACAAUUUCUUAAAUGGUUGUUGUUUUAGCUCAGAAUGACUGUAUUAAAUUAUUAAAAACCUAUCAAUAAUGACAUAAUUCUAUUAAUUUAAAAAAUAUACGAAUGAAUACAAAUAAAAUAUGCCAUCACAUUUAUAUUAAAUUUAUUAUGCUAAAUGAGAUUACCACAGUAUCAUCACCCAGCUACAAUAUCAUAACCAACACUAUCGGCACCAAAAUUUAAGCCAGUCUAAAUGCAGAUAAAUUCUUGGUAGGCAGAGCUAUAAGAAUAGGUCUUAAAAUGGAAGUGAAAUAAUAAAGUGUUACAGAAAAAUAAAAAGUUAGAUGUAUUAUAAAUUAUUAAUGACACACUAUGAAACAAAUCUAUUUUUUAAAUACUUGAAAAUUUUACAUCUAUUUAAUCAUUCCCCCCAACUCUUCUAGGGCAUAAUCUGGGAUAGUAAAAAUGGAAACUCCUCCCAUUGAGGAGACCGCAUUGGGUGGCAUGAAACUGACUGAGCAGACAGAGAAGGAGGCUCUAGACCAUAUAGAAGAAACACCAAGCCAAGACCAGUCUGUAAAGGACUGUGAUCAGAACAUCUCAGCCAAUGCCCUUAGGGAAGAAACUGCGUACUCAACCCAGACAUCGGAAGGGGGAAAUUCAUCAUCAAAUGAAGUUGCGCAGAAGGGAGAUAAACAACCACACUCUGAGCUGAAACUUAGCUAUGAUGCAGAGUUAAUGAUGAAUGGUGUUUAUCAAGACAGUGAGUUUUCAUUUGUUCAAAAUGUACACAUUUUUUAAUCUCGUCACUGAAUUUUAACAUUUAUUUCUUUGUCAUUUUACGACUGACCUUUUUUUUUUCUCCUGACUCCAGCCCUCUUUAUAAAAAGGAACUACUAGUGCUUUGAUAUAAAAAAAAAACAAGUUGUGAUAGUUAAUGGAAGAUUCUGCCUCCUCUUUAGAAUAAAACGUAGAAUUUUCUUAUAUGCAGCAUAUGUUGAAGUCAUAUUGUGAUAUUGAAGUUAUAUUUUAUGUUGAAGUUGAAGUCAUAUUAUGAUCCCCACAGAUAUUAAGGAAUUAACAUGUUUAUUUUAAAAUUUCCCAUACUUUUAAAAUAUUUUUUAUGUACACAUCACACCUAAUAUCUUACAAAUUUGUCUGUAAUAAUUAUUAAGUUGUGUACAUAUAUUUCAUAUAUUUUCUAGAGUAGCAGACUAGGGACUUUGUCAUUUCUGUUCCAUCUUAAAAAAUUGUCAAACAAUUAUCACACUCAAGGAACAUUUGUUGUUUUAUACCCAGCCGAUGUGUCUGUCGACCCUGCUACCAUUGAUUUAUUAACUAAUGGUUUCAUUGCAAGAUUCAUGCCGUCACUGCAAAAGACAAAGUCUACGAUAGACCAAAUUAAGUAAGUUACCAUCUCAAACAGUAAACCGUUACUUAAAACAGAUGUAGCUUGAGAUCAUGCUGCAAACACAUUCUUAAUUGUUUUUUAAAUUAAUUGAGACACCAGUCGGGCUAAAGUGUAAGGUUCUUGAUGAACUCCUAGUUUUUUAAGAUAAUAAUUGAUGGACUGCAUUCAAUUUGUGUAAAAGAAAUAUGAGAACAAGGUAUGUCAAACUUGAAUUCAUAAACAGGACAAACAAGUGGAUGAAGGCUGUAACCCCAACGUCAAAAUCGUUUGUCCUGUUUAUGAAUUUGGCAUACCGUGUUCUUAUCUUUAGUUUAUUUUAGGUUACUUGCAUGUUCUAGCACAUUGAAUUCUAAAACAUGAGGCCAGUGAUAUCGAUCUUCUUAAACUAAUAUUGGUAGCUGAUUGCCAGAGCUAUGAGACAGAAAACAAGGAUUGAGAUAGCCAGACGAUGAAAACCAAACAUGCACAUUUUAGGCCUUCUUUCCUUACCCUUUGUGAGGUUAACAGCACACUAUUAACCAAAGUAAACCGUUAAUGCUGAAGUCAAACGUAGUUGGCACAAUCAUAAAAGCUGUAGAUUUAUUGAAGAAAAAAAUAUUGAAGCUAUCUUAAAUUUUUAAAUAUUUCAUUGAAAUAGCCAGAAGUAGCAACAGUGAUAUUUUUUUUUAGCUAACCCAAAGAUUGAUGGAACUAUGUGAAACUAAGUGUGGGGAAAACCUUGAAAAAAUGAUGCAACAAAACAGCGAACGCGUCUGCAAGAAGCCUUCUUCAGCGAACGAACAACAAAUAUAACAAUUAAAAAUAAACACUUAGCUGACAUGUUGUAUCCUAGAGGACAGCUAAAGGAAUGUAGUGAUUGAAGCAAUUUUUUGUUUGUGAAUGAGCUUAGGAAAAAAAACAACAAAGUUGCUGUCUUAUAAAUCUUUCAGUAGCACCACUGCAUCAUCACACGUUAAAAGUCCCUAUAAGCUUGGUAGGAACCUAAAAUUUAAUUGAAAUAAUUUUUCAUCAACAGAACUAGUCAAUCAGUACUAAUAGAGACUGUCCAGCAAGAGACUACAAAGUUUACAGAAUGCCAAGCACUAGUGGAAUUGGAGAAAACAGUGAGUCUGCAGUUACAAAGAUACCGGGCAUUUUUUUUUCCUUCAUUACACUAAUUGAUGAACCCACAAGUCAUUUCUGUGUGCAGUUCGCUUGUAGGGGCUCUUUGGCCAAGACUAUAAAAAUACUUUCUUAAGUUUAGAAUUUUAUGAAAAAUAAAAUUGUGCUUCAUAAACUUAUUCCUGUUCAUGAUUUUUGAACAGACCUCAUGCAUGAUCCAUUUAUUUGGAUUUUUUUUUUUUUCCCUUCUUUCAGAUGGCAAAGGCCAAACUUUAUCACAAUAAGUUGAUUAAGCUGAAGAGAGACAUGUCCAACCUGCAUGAUAAAUCCAAAAAGCUAAAGGUUGGUGACACACAUCAUUAAGAAAUUAAACCUCGUAGGAGCCACUUGUGAGAUAAUGUUUGCACAUGUUAUUAUUUCCAAUACCAGUUAAUGUUAUUAAUAUAACUCUUUCUAAGCUAAGUUUCCUUCUGCCUUCGUACUGACUUAACUUCGGGUGAAUGAAAAAAAAGUGAAUUGUGAGGACAGAACUAAUGCUAAGAAAGUGGGUUAAACUAGUUACUGAAUAUUCAUUGUUGAUGGGAAAAGAAAUAAACUAAUGAAGCAUGCAAUAAAAAAAAUUAAUUAGUGCACAGCGUUUAAAGAGAGAGGUCAUAGAAUAUCCUGUUUCCAUAUUAAAAAACUACUGUUUAUACAUCCGUUUCUUUUUCGUUUAUCAAAUCAAUAAUUCCAACACUUUCAUCCCCCCGAAAUAGACAUUUUGCAUUUAUUUAUUGGUGCAAGUAACUGUAAAAUGAGGUUCAAGCGUAAUAGAUAAGGACAUGUUAUUAUUGCCCCAAGUCAUUUCAUUAGCGCUGGGUCCAUGCAAGCUGUAACUGUGGCUCACAAGAAAGAUAAUGUAAAAUAGAUGAUAGGAUAAUAAUAUACCAUUUUUUUUCGUGGAAAUACAUUUUUAUUAAUUCUUUGAAGAAACUUAAUUUGUACACACGAGAUUCACACAUUUAAAAAAAUUAUUUUUAUUUUUUUGCCAUUUAAUGUUUUUUUUUUUUGAUUGUCGUUUUUGGUAGAAACGAGCUGUAAAGCUUCAGCAGCAGAAGCAAAAAGAAGAGCUGACAAGGGCGCACAACUUGGAGAAAGAGUAUGAGAAGGAGAGAAUGUUGACAGCAAGAGUUGCUUCUACUUCAGAUUAACUCAGCAAUCAGUAACUUGAGCUAUUUUCUGUUGGUCAUUGUUAUGUUAAUGUUGAUUCCAUCAUCUUGUUGAAAUUCGCAAUUAUAUGGGUCGUAUGGGAUCAUUGGAAAAUUAAACAAUUUUUGUAUGAAAUUUAUGUGUGAUGCAUGGAAUUUGGAAAUUAAAUGUGUUUUGUAUGGAAAUCGGUCAGUAAGUGUGUUAUAAAUAGAAAUUGCAUGUGUAAUACACAUGAAAUGAUGCUUUGAUGCUGUUGGCUGGACAAUAUUUACUAGUGAUUUUAACAUAAUCGAUUUUUAAUAUGAUUGUUAAGGAUAUUUUAAAAGAAUAAAAAAAUUACAAUAU